GGGUGACACGCGAAGAAGAUCGUCAUUCUUCUCCCCGCGCCGCCGCAGAGGUGGCGGCGGUAGUUUCGUUCCCAACAAUCACUACUCCAACCCGUUGAGCCCAAGCAUUGGGCACUACGGCUACACCAACCCAAACUAUGCGUACCACAACUAUGGCGGGCACAUGCCCAUGAGCACAUCCUACGGCUACACGGGCGCUAAUGCCUACAGCUCCGGUAGUGGCAUGAAGAUUGCCUUGGCGGGCGGUGCUGGACUCUUGGCAGGCCUAGCUACCAGCCAGCUUCUUCAUCAUUCCGGUGGGUCCAGCUUUGGAGGCUACACCCAUGCCCAGAUGAUGCAGCAGGACUGCACCUACGGCUCAUGGUCAGGCAAUUGCAACUCCUGCGUUUCGCAAUAUGGAGCCAAUCGCUGUGACGUGAGCAUCUCGCCCAACUUCGAUGCAACACGAGACGACCUGAUGAGCACGGGCUUCAUUCCGACCCAGGUCUCCUGGCCCCUUACCGUGACCGUUACAUCUGUCAGCGGAAUCGACUUCAACCCCGCCAGCGUCUGCCCACUUACGCCGGGCAGCGCUGGGAAUCCCUCAAUGGCCCGCCUCUUCCUGACCACCACCUCGCUGGGCAUGGGGUCCUCGGGAGGAAAUCCAGGCCCUGGGUAUAGUCAGCCGACCAACUACGGCUACAACUCUGGGCAGCAGAGCAACUACGGGUCGGUGCAGUCGAGCAGCUCGAGUAGCAGCGGCUUCUUUGCCUGGCUCGGCACCGUGUUGGCCCUCUGUUGCUGCUGCGGCUUCUGCGUCUGUUGCAGCUGCGCGAGCGGCAAAAAGCCAUCCAAGUGGGGCUUUUCUGGUGACUCCUCUUCGAGUGAUUCAGACAGC